AUGGAAGAAUCAGUUUUCAUUAUAAAAUUGAGAAGGAAAACAGCAAAAAACAGUCCUAUUUUGAAUUUGACAUUUUCUUUAUAUUCAGAUAUUGCUCAACUACACAUGAAAGGAACUGCUGAGAUGUUCAAUGUUACAGAGUGUACAAGAAAUAUCCGCCAUGUGCCUCAUAUAGGCGCAGGUGCUUCCUCUUCCUUUUCCGUGCCUCUGUCGUCAUCAUUUUUCUGCUUUAAUCAUAUAUUUCUUAACAAUAUCAACAUACCGCAUCAAACUGAUACCGACGAUGAGAUUGCCGAUGUUGAUGCAAGUGACGACGAAGCUGAAAACAAUGGCCAAAAUGCUGUAGAAGCCCUGAGAGCACAGGUCAACGCAGAAGGAGAAGACCACACAUCAAGCUCUCGUAGCAGUGGUAGCGAAAGUAGAGGCAUUGGCAGUGGAAGCGGGAGUGAAAGUGGAAGUGGAAGCAGAAGUAGCAGUAGUGACAGUGAAAGCAGUGAUGGUAAUUCUGUCAACUCUAUCUGA